UUCAGUAUCUCUAAGAUAAUCAACAAUGUCGGGCAAAUCAUUAGAAAAGUUGCAUUACCGUGAUUGCAACAGAGAGUCUGUCGAGGAAUUGGCAAAUCUCGAGGCGCAAUUUCGUAAUGCGUAUGUGUUAAAAGCCCUCGAGGCUCAAAUUGCCGAGAAAGAGGCAGAUCGCAUUGCGCAAGAGGCCCGCGAUAAGUUAUCGAAACGAGUGUUGACACUUCACGAUGAAAAAACAAUCGAGGAGGAGGUGGCGAGAAAAAAUGCCGCAUCAAAAAAUCGCGAGGACUACAAAUUAAUUCUCGAGGAGCAAAUGGAAUCGAAGAUUCUUGAAAAAUUAUGUCAAGAAGAUAUUGAUAAGAGAGAGCGGCAGAUACUAAUCGAGGUGGACAGAAUAAUCGACGAGGAGUAUGAAUGUACGAGAGUAAUGAGGCGUAAUCAACUUGCUGAGACAUUGAGACGUGAGCGUUUAAUUUUCGAGGAGAUGCGUGAGAUAAAACGCACGAAGGAAAUUGAGAUUGAGGCAAUAGCUGUUGAGAAGCAGCAGAAGUACCUUGAUGAGGUUGAGGAGAGGUCAGUGAAUAUGAGAAAAUUGCGAGAAGAUCAGCAGAGGAAACGUGAUGCGGUUAUUGAAACGGUAGCUAAAUUAUUUGUGGACACUGGAGCUAGAAAACGGGAGAGGGAAUCAGUGAUAUAUGAGUUAAUUUCUCAGACCAUUAGGCAAGAGUUAUUAAUCGCUGAGUGUGAGUUCAAGUGCAGAGUGAGAGAGAAUAAACGUCAACUUGCUGAAGACCUGAAGGAGCAGAUGAUAUUUUUGGUGGAAUCCGAAGCACAGAGUCGUGAACGAGAUCGUGUCUUUGCUGAUGAUGUGAUGGCCAAGAUAAUGGUGGAUGAAAGGGUGUCGAUAUUGACAGCUGAGGCGAGGAGACGAAAACAAAUGAUUUACAAGAAAGAUUUGGAAGAGCUGAUAGAUGAGAGACGAAGACUUCGGGAUGUAGCGGUGGCUGCAUUAAAAGCGGAAUGGGAGGUGGAGAGGGCGAAUGAAGAAAUUCGGAGGAUGAAGAUAAAGGAGGAACGCCAGCGGCUUAUUGACGAGCAUCUUGGCCAGGUUUCCACGCACCUCAGGAAGGGGGUCCUGUCAAAGGAAGAGGAAGAUCAAUUUUUAUCGCAAAAAUCUUAAUCUAGACGAGUUACAUAUUAGUGGCUUCAACAUGUUGAAUAAUCGAUUUUAAUAAAUUAUGAGUAUCCUCAUUAAGGAGUUUCUUGAGCAGUUAUUUGCUGUAAAUUUAUAAUUUCAUCGCUGGAAGAGGAAAUCGCAUCCCUCUUUGGUAAUCCCAUCUCCUCCCACGAUUUUACCAUGUUACCAUCAAUGGGACGAUCAGGGCGAUAAUCUCACGAGCACAAUUUUGCUGCAACAUCCGGUACAAUUAGUGCGAUCAUUAUGUAAUGGAGAUAAUUAAAUUUUUCCGUCAUCGAUAAGACUCUAGUCGAUCGGUGUAUGGUGAUGGCGAACGACCAUUCAGCUGUAUCGGGACCAUUUGUUGGGAAAAAUGAGCUUUAUCUUUCAUGGGAGUCAAUGGUUUCAAGUGGUACAGGGAAACGCUCUGAGGCGUCGGAUAAUGACGCCCACCACACCUGUCGACAGGUGUUUAUCGGAGUGGUAGAGUAGUUUCGAGGUUCCGGGGAAAGCUUUUCUAAGUAAUUGAUCCUUACCGAGUGUUUCAUUCAUUUUUAUGCUUGAGAAGGGGUAAAUGGAGAGUUAUACAAACGAUCA